UGCUGUGCACAUUUGCCUUCCCAACUCAGCCAUAAUUGCGGGAGACUUAUGCAUGAGAUUGUUGAAUUGCUUUUGAUAAAUUAUUCUACGAGCAGAUGAUACAACUGCUGAAGGACCAAAAUAUGUUCUCAUGGCGGGGAACAGCCUUCUGAGGUUGAGAUUUGGGAUCUUAAUACUGCAAAAAGGAUGGCCCAUCUACCUCAAUCAGGUGUUGGUGGCUCUAUUAAGGGGAGAGGCAUGUGCAUGGCUGUUCAAGCUUUUUUACCUCCAGAUUCACAGGGAUUCUUGAAUGUCUUGGCUGGUUAUGAGGAUGGUUCCAUGCUCUGGUGGGAUAUGCGGAAUCCAGAGAUUCCCUUAACUUCUUUGAAGUUUCAUAGAGAGCCAGUUCUAAGCCUUUGCAUUGAUGCAUCAUGCAAUGGGGGUAUCUCAGGAGCUGCAUAUGACAAAAUUUUGUUAUAUAGUUUGGAUCAUUCCAAGGGUUGUUUCAUGGUCAAGAGAGAAAUUAGCUUGGAGCGUCCUGGUAUCUCAGGCACCUCAAUUCGGUUAGAUGGCAAAAUUGCCGCAACCGUUGGUUGGGACCACAGGUUGAUGAAGCAAUGCUAUUUUCUGUUAAUAUAUGGGAGGAAUUUCUUUUAUGCUUUAGCUGCUUCUUCUGGAUUGAAUAUAACCACUUUUGGUUUUGGUUCUUCCAAAUGCGUGGUUGCAGUUUCAUGCAUACAAGCUAUUGAAAAAAUCGUUGGUCGAGUUCGAAGACAGGCAAUUGAGACCUCAUUCUCCGAAAUCAGUCUUAGUCGAGUCCGAGCGAAGCUGGCUUCAUGA